GCUUUAGAAGUAACCUUCUCUUUCUGUAGGAUGGCAUAGUCCUGGGAGCAGAUACAAGAGCAACUGAAGGAAUGGUUGUUGCUGACAAGAAUUGUUCAAAAAUACACUUCAUUUCGCCUAAUAUCUACUGUUGUGGAGCAGGAACAGCUGCAGAUACUGAUAUGACGACGCAGCUGAUUUCUUCCAAUCUGGAGCUCCAUUCACUAUCGACUGGACGACUUCCAAGGGUGGCCACAGCUAACCGAAUGCUGAAGCAAAUGCUUUUCAGGUAUCAAGGCUACAUUGGUGCAGCCCUGGUUCUAGGCGGUGUAGAUGUCACGGGCCCUCACCUGUACAGCAUAUAUCCCCAUGGAUCAACUGACAAAUUGCCUUAUGUUACCAUGGGUUCUGGGUCACUGGCAGCUAUGGCAGUGUUUGAAGAUAAAUACAAACCAGACAUGGAGCUGCCAAAAGCUGAGAGGAUCAAAUCUGCAGUGGCAGCUGCUGUGCCCUACAGUUAG